AUGGACUCGGCCUCGACGUCGACCAAGACGGGCCAGGCGCUGUCUGGUAUCUUUGGGUGCAUCAGCCUGGUUGCAUGGAUAUGUCUUCUCCUUCCCCAGCUUAUCACCAAUUACAAGGCGAAGAGCGCCGAUGCGCUGUCCAUGGGCUUCCUCUUCAUCUGGAUGCUAGGCGACCUCACUAAUCUUGCGGGCGCCCUCGUGACCGAUCUGGCCCCCUCCGCCGUCGCGAUCGGCAUCUACUUCUGCUUCGCCGACCUCAUCCUGAUCUGCCAGUGUCUCUACUACAAUGCCAUCAAUGCGCGGCGCCGGCGCGACCGCCAGCGCCAUCUCUCCACCAACACCGAGGGCUCGGCCAUCUCCGAGGAGGAGCCUCUCCUCUCCCGCGAGCGCUCUGGCUCUAGUGGCCUUCCCGGCAGCCAGCGCCGGCACUCUGUGCGCCGGGGUUCGUCUGGCCUCGACCCGUUGCAGAGAAUGGUCACUGGCGAGGACGACACGCCCCAGCGGAGCGCGUGGGUCACCAACACGCUGAGCCUGCUUGCUGUCUAUAUUCUGGGCAUCGCCGCCUGGUUCGUCAGUCGCGAGGUGCUGGGCGGCGAUCCUGGUGCACCGGCAGACGGAGACGCAGGCGCAGAGGAGGUCGAAGAGCCGUUGAUGGCGCUGGGCUUGGCGCUGGGCUACUUCAGUGCGGUGUGCUACCUGUGCGCGCGGAUCCCUCAGAUCAUCAAGAACUGGAGGGAGAAGUCUACAGAGGGCUUGGCCCUGCUGUUCUUCCUGCUCUCCCUAACCGGCAACUCCACCUACGGCGCAAGUCUGGUUGCCUACUCCCAGGACGGUGCCUACCUCCUCAAGGCCCUUCCUUGGCUGCUAGGUUCCCUAGGCACCAUCGCCGAGGACAUGAUCAUCUUCGGCCAGUUCCAGCUGUACUCAAACAAGAAGGACACGAAGACGACGCCCGACGGCAACGGCCACGCGACGCUGCCUGAGGCUGAGCCAUAG